GCGCCCCUUCCCGGGGCUGCAGACGCCCCCCAGGCCCAUCCUUGCACCGCACCGCACAUUGCCGGCGACAGCUGGGUCCUCCGGGUCUUCAACUCGCUGUAGCCCGUAAAGUGGGCGCGUCCCCAAGGCCUGGGUGCUUUGCGUGCUUCCUUGCCAAUCCCGGGUAGCCCGCGAGGACUGCUGAGGCCGCAGGGGUGGUUGGAAGAACAAUGCCUAUGAGUCUUUGACAUGAUGAUGUACAUCCGGCAAAGAAAAGAGACAAAACCCGUUGAAGUUUCUGAGGAUUUUCCGUCACCAAAAGAAGAUGUGAAGUUGGAAAAGAAAUUGCCAUCUGGUUGUGCCUCUGGAAGGUUCUGGAAGAUCCUGUCAUCUGCAGUUGGCGGAACCGUGGCCCUUUGCAUUGGACUUCUAACAUCCGUGUACCUGGCCACCCUACAUGAGAACGAUUUGUGGUUUUCCAAUAUAAAGGAAGUAGAGCGAGAAAUCUCAUUCAGGACAGAAUGUGGACUGUACUAUUCUUACUACAAGCAGAUGCUGCAGGCUCCGACCCUCCUGCAAGGUUUCCAUGGCUUAAUCUAUGACAAUAAAACCGAAUCCAUGAGGACGAUCAACCUCCUUCAAAGAAUGAAUAUUUACCAAGAAGUUUUCCUCAGUGUUUUAUACAGAGUUCUCCCCAUACAGAAAUAUCUAGAGCCUGUUUAUUUUUAUAUCUACACUCUUUUUGGGCUCCAAGCAGUCUAUGUCACGGCCCUUUAUAUAACCAGCUGGCUCCUUAGUGGCACCUGGCUGUCAGGCCUGCUGGCAGCUCUCUGGUACGUCACCAACAGAAUCGACACGACCAGAGUUGAGUUCACCAUCCCGCUGAGGGAGAACUGGGCUCUGCCUUUUUUUGCAAUUCAGAUUGCAGCAAUUACCUACUUCCUGAGACCAAACUUGCAGCCUCUUUCUGAAAGGCUGACCCUUCUUGCCAUCUUCGUAUCAACUUUUCUCUUUAGCCUGACAUGGCAAUUUAAUCAGUUCAUGAUGCUGCUGCAGGCGCUGGUGCUGUUCAUCCUGGACUCCUUGGACAUGCUGCCAGCCGUGAAGGCCACCUGGCUGUACGGCAUCCAGAUAAGCUGCCUGCUCCUCGUCUGCAUGCUUCAGUUUUUUAACUCCAUGAUCCUCGGAUCGCUGCUCAUCAGUUUUAACCUCUCAGUAUUAAUUGUAAGAAAACUUCAGAAGAACCUGAAGACUGGAACCUUCCUGAUUAGGAUUUGGAAACUAUUGUUGCAUUUGCUUCUAGUUUUCUGCUUGACACUUUUUCUCAACAACAUUAUUAAGAAAAUUCUUAACCUGAAGUCAGAUGAACACAUCUUUAAAUUUCUGAAGGCCAAGUUUGGGUUUGGAGCAACAAGGGAUUUCGAUGCAAAUCUCUAUCUGUGUGAAGAAGCCUUUGGCCUCCUGCCUCUCAACACAUUCCAAAGGCUCUCAGAGACACUGCUUUUUUACGCGUACAUGUUCGUCCUAUUGGUCACAGUGGUCACAGCGUCCGUUGUGGCCUUUCAUAAUCUCAGUGACUCCACAAGUCUGCAGCCUGUGGAUCAGACAAGAAAGCGUGUGGUUGACCUGAAGCCAGAAGCCGCAUACAACCUGAUCCACACCAUUCUGUUUGGUGUCUUGGCGUUGAGUACGAUGAGGAUGAAGUACCUAUGGACCUCCCACAUGUGUGUGUUUGCGUCCUUCGGCCUGUGCAGCUCUGAGAUCUGGGAACUGAUUCUGAGGCUGGUUCAUCUCUGCAACCCGAAGAGGAUCUGGGUCAUGCGGUACUCGGUGCCCGUUCUCACCCUGCUGUGCCUGUGCUGUAAGUCCUGGCCAGGAAUGAUGGAUGAACUCUCCGAGUUGAAAGAAUUCUAUGACCCAGAUACAGUGGAACUGAUGAACUGGAUUAACUCCAAUACACCGAGGAAGGCCGUGUUCGCUGGAAGCAUGCAGUUGCUGGCUGGAGUCAAGCUGUGUACAGGACGGACGCUGACCAACCACCCACACUACGAAGAUAAAAGUCUGAGAGAGCGGACCCAGGCGGUUUAUCAGAUAUAUGCGAAGAGGUCCCCAGAGGAAGUGCACGCGCUCCUGCGGUCCUUUGGCACCGACUUUGUGAUCCUGGAAGACAGCAUCUGCUAUGAGCGCAGGCACCACAGGGGCUGCCGGCUGCGUGAUUUGCUGGACGUCGCCAAUGGACAUGAGAUGGAUGGGCCAGGAGAGAGUGACCCUGACUUGAGACCUGCAGACCACCCUCGCUUCUGUGAAGAGAUUAAAAGGAACCUGCCGUCCUACGCAGCCCACUUCACUAGAGUGUUCCAGAACAAGACAUUCCAUGUCUACAAACUGUCCAGAAACAAAUAACCGUGUCCGUUCUUAAACCACAGUGCAUCGACAGCUGGUGGAGCCCGUGUCUGUGAGUCAGGAGCAAGACUUGAAUGCUGGGGUUGCAGACAGCCUGCAGACAAGUCUUGCCACCAUCGGAUACGCCUUCCGCUAGCAUCAGCCUUCUCCGCCGUCCUGUCUCUGUCUUUUCUCUGAGUGUUCUUAGCCUCACGAGUGUACCUGGCCGAGGCUGGCCAGGGAUGCUGUUCCUGAGGGAGUGAUGUGUGACUCACUGGGUGGCCUGGGAAUGAAAUGCUGGUGGUUGCCAGUAACCCUGAGCCCGCUGUGAGCGAGUGGACCAGCUGCACACUUCAGUCACCGACCCUUCACCACUGAGACCGCUUGGUGGCUUUUUAACAGUUGAUUGUCCUGUCUCGUUAAAAUUUUACACCAUUUCCGGUUUACCAUGCUUUCACAUGUGUGAAGAAACAGAUUAUUUUAGAUCUUUGAAUCUUAAAUAUUCCACUUGUGCUCUGAAAUGUCACAUGUUCAGUCGCGUGUGACACAUUUAGAGUGUGUGCUUGUUUUAAUUCUGGGCACAGCAAUCAGGGUGCUACCAGGCCAGGCAUGGUGACACACUCCUCCUUUAAUCCCAGCACUUGCAGGCAGGGGCAGGGGCAGGGGCAGGGGCAGGGGCAGGGGCAGGGGCAGGGGCAGGGGCAGGCAAAUCUCCUGAGAGUUUGAGGCCAGCCUAUUCUGUAUAGUGAGUUCUGGGCCAGCCAUGGCUAUGUGACAAGACAUAGCCUCAUCUUAAGAAAGCAAAGUGUGUCCAGGCUUACGCUAGAAGUCUUUGAGGGGAAUCCAUCCAUUUUUAAUCUCUCUCGCAAGUAAGGUAGUUCUGCUUCACUUCUUACUCAUUUCAGUUAACCGGGUUUGCAAAGCCUGGUAAACUCUUUGUGUUUUAGCCUUUGUAGUUUUUCUAGCCUACAAACUUGCAAAGUCUGAGGCGUUUUAGAUGCUGUGCCUUGACUCCUAGAGUUCAUGUGGCACUUCAUUCUCUCUGACUUCUGGCCGCUAGUCUUCCUUCUUGCCCCGGAGACAUCGCACUCCUCCUCCUCAUGGGGUGACCAAGAGCCUCCAAGCCACACGGGAUUUAAGCAGCAGAGAGGGGUGGUGAAAGCUGAGAGCUUUUGACGAUUGCUUUUAUAAUUCACUUCUGAUGGUGGGGGCAUGUAAAAGCUGAUGAGGCAGGCACAUUGUCCACUUAAUUAAAUCAAGAUAGCUAAUGAAAUUAACUUUCCCUCCCACUCCUGCCAUUUGGAAGUGAUUUAAAUGUUUCUCCUCACAAGUUAGUGUGAUAAAUCCCCCUCGGGCAUCGGCAGAGAGCAUCGCAGAGAGCCUCGCGUGCUCCGAUGGUCACCCUUUGGUUGCUGCUUGCUGCUUGCGUUCAAAAAUGUGUUCCAUUGUCUCAUCAGGUGUGGAGUUUUUAUGUAAAACUCACUUAAAUAAGACAUCAGCAGCCAGGUUGUUAAAUUAAGCCAUUGGAACUUUGGAAUCCUGCCAUCUCUGGACCUCUUAAUGAGGUUGGAGACCACUGCAGUUUGGGCUAACACAAGGAAACGUGUUGGCCAAUGCUAAAAGUUUAAUGAAGCUGCCGUGCCUGCCGCCGCCUCGGGCACUGAUGGAACACUCCCGGCCAGUGCCUUACCCUUAAGGAAGAGCAAGCACAGGUAAGGCAUACGGCAGCGGGACCUGGCGACAGUCACUCGUGGGUGAGUUUGCAUUCGUGUUAAACAUUCCUGUGUGCGUUUGUCUAACCGCUUGGCGUUUGGUGUCCUGUGAUCCAAGAGCCGUGGACUUAAACUUGGAUGCUCGUCCCUACCGUGGUAACAUUCAUGCUAGUCAGCGCUCUGUCUCCACAGCACCAUUGCUGCCAACCACAGUGAGAAGUGCCAACAACCAGUCUUCCCGCAGGCACUCUCCCCGUGACACUGUGACAUGUACAGGACAAUGUUAGAACAAAAUGUUUCUUUAAGAAUAAAUUAUAUAUUUUAAAAAAUAGUUAAAAUAUUUGAUUAAAGUAAUUAGACUUUAUCCAUCUUAUAAAACACUGCCUCAGUAUCCCCGAUAAGUCUGCUUACUGCCUGUAGCAACCUGGCCACAAAAAUCUUGAACCAACUCAUCUUGGACCCUGCCUAAUUUAAGAUAAAUCCUCAGUCUGCCUCUGUGUAGCUUGUCCCAGGCUUUCUUAGCUGCAACAUUAACUUGUUCAUAAACAGCCGGGUCAAAAACAGCCGGGUCAAAAUUUAGCUGUUGAGGUCUCACAUACUGUCCCUCUCCUGCUAGCAUCUGAAACACAAUAGGUAUCUGUUGUGGUUGAUUGAUCUCUGCAGUGUUUUGACACUGCUCAGCAAAUUCUGAUUUCCAUAAUAAAAAAUCUCCUCCAGACAAGCACGCCCUUGCCAGUUGUUUUCAGUCCCCAGGAGGGAGGGCCUCCGCGGACCAGACUCUCAUAGCCUGAGUAAAUGGGGGCUGUCGGUUGGCCACACUGUGCACAAGCAGAUUUUAAUCCCUUUAACUGUUUAAAUGCAAGAGGUGGAUAAACUCUGACUCUUGCCUUGAGGACUGACCUGUUCUAUAACUGGAAAUGCAAAGUGAAAUCCCUGAACAUCCUCUCCUCUCAGCAGCCUCUUUCAGGGUCACUGUAAGGGAGAUAAAAGGCUCUGCAGGGAAGGCCGGCUCCCACAUGGCUUCCUGACCGCUGCUGCAACUGGCAGCUCUGCCUCUGUGUCUGAGGGGGUCCAGUCCAGCUCGGGGUUUUACAGGCUCUCAGCUGAGGAACCCACUCUGAGGAUCCCAGGAUCUCCCCUUGAGCCUGUGAGCUUGUAGUGUUUGCACAGACAGCAAAGUAGAAGCAUGUCGCCGCUGCUGGAUUUUCUCUGUAACUAACUUGUCCUUGAAAGGAAUUUUGAGUUCUGCCAAGACAACAAGUGGCAAAGAAUUCUCCUCCCUAUAAUACCUAGCGCGGCUUCCUCUUCCAGAUGCUCAGUCUCCCACAUCUAGGGUCUCCUCCCUCUCCCCCAGGGGAAGCUCAAACACUGCUUCCAUACACAAAGGCUCAGCUGCAAAAGCAGGCACCUUGGCUUCAUUCUCCUCUUCCUCCUUUGUCAGAGCAUCCCCAGAUGGGUGCUGCGUCCCUGUAACCCACUUCUCCCUCAUGUUUAGAAUCUAAACUAUCUCCGUUAGUAAUCGAGAUCCAGAGACUAAAGAUAUCAACAGGCAUUUUACUUGGUCCAUGCACAUCAUAAUAGAUUUGAAGUCUUUUCCCAACCUUUUCUUUCCCACAUUGUUAAAUGUAGUAGUACCUAAUUAAAAUCUUAAAUUGAUCCCCAGUGGUGACUCAUCCUCGAUACCUGACCCAGUGCUCUGGGUUUCCAAAGGAAAGACACACACACACACACACACACACACACACACACACACACACACACACACACAUACACACACACACACACACACAGAGCCUUUAUGUUUUGAUAAGCCUAAAACAGCUCAAAGGCUGGGCCACUUGCUAACCUCCACAUGGCUAAUCCACCUCCCUCCAUUAUUCCCAAGUUAUUAUUUCCUAAGUCCUAUACUCCAUCGUGGCUGCUGUUGGGCUGUCCUUCCUACAUGGUGGCUAUGCUGUCUGUCCUGCACCUUCUCAGGCAUCGGCGUCUUCCCUCUUCCACCUCUUCUGGCAUUGCUGACCUCCUUCCUCUCUACGUUGGUCCUAAAGGUCCCACCUCUGUCUGCCUUGCCCAGCCAUUGGCUGCUGCAAGUUUAUUUGAGGGAGUGAGGAUGAUUAUAGGAAAGACAGAAGACUCAGAGACAAAAGUUAGAAUUGGGAGGGCUACGGGUCAAUACCACAUCAGCCUCAAGUUUGCUUUUCUUGGCCUUUUUAUACUUCACAGUGCCAUGGGAGACAAAGUCACAAGCUAGCAGAAACGACUGCCAUUUACACAGGAUAUCCGUUCCCAUCAGGAGGCCUUUCUCUUCCUUCCACCAAGAUUAAUAGAACAUUCAGCCCCUUGCCUUGACCCUCAAAUGUAUUCUCUCAUCGUUCAAUGCAUCAGCAGGCCAGGAAAUCUGCCGGCAGACCCUGACCUGCCUUGACGCUGCCAGGCAAGCAGGCUGUCGCAGAGGCAGACGAAACGGCUCCUGACGCUCUCUGUAACCUAAUCUCUCAGCAAAUCAUGUUUGAUAAUUUAAGCUCUGGUGAGGAGUCUAGCUUAUGACCUUGUCUUUGAGCACACGGGAGGAAGGUAGAUACACCCUUGGCUACAGCCCCCACACUGCAAGCAGAAGCCAGUGCCUGCCGUAGCCCUCACCUUCUGCUGUGUAGGCCCUGGGGACUGUUAGUAAUAGUGUUCAGUUGUGGCUCUGAAGCACUAGGCCUUGCUUCUGAGUUCUCAGAAGAACCUCUAAGUACAACAGAAGUGCUCUUAAUUAACUCCACUUCUGAUUCCUCGGAGCCUCGAGUCUCCAGCAGUCUUGGGAGCCACCUGCUGCAAUCCGGCAUGUGGCCGCUGCCUUGCGUCUCCACUCCUGGUGCCAACAGGCCCCUGAGGCAGCCCACUCAAGGUGUCCGGGUGCACCUUCUGCUGCUGAUGGUGAGCUUGGAGUCCCAACCACAAGAGGACCAGGGGUGUGGCUUGAGUGUUUACCUGGCAUUGCACAAACCCUAGGCUUCACCCCCGGCACUGCAGCAGACAGAAAAAGGAAUAAUCUAGCAAAAGUUAAAAUCAAAUGCUUUGAUAAGGUGGGUUGCUCCUGUCUGCAAGGACAGUUCGGUGGUUAAGUGCGUGUGUCACCUUUAUAGCUUGGUUCUCAGAACGAUGUCUGUCAGCACACAGCUGCCUACAACUCUGGUUCCACUCAGCGCCCACUCGACGCCUUCUUACACUGUCAAAUAAGUAAAAGUAAAAGGAAGACCUUUAUUUUUAAAUAAAAACGCGGUCAGAAAGUUUAAUAGACAUUGAGGGGUUUAAAAUGAAGGAGAUGAAUGAGCUUAAAUCCCUUCGUAGAAUUACCCUACGUGCUCACCCCACCUUUUCAACACCUGAGCUGGAAGCGGGGCAGGUGGCUCGGAGGUAGAGAGCCGGGCCGUUACCGGGUAGGGGCAUUGCCUGUUUGUGGCCUCUGUUGGAAAAAACCUUAAAAAGAGCGUUUGUAAUUUGCUGAAUUGUGUGGAGAUUCUAUACUAAAUAAAGCUCUUUUCAAUAAUC